GCUGUAUAAAUACUUGGUGGUCCUUCGAGAAACCAUCACUAUUGAAACCAUUACUGAUACAUCAUGACUGGACGAGGCAAAGGUGGUAAAGGAUUGGGCAAGGGAGGAGCAAAGCGGCAUCGCAAAGUGUUGCGUGAUAAUAUCCAAGGCAUCACCAAGCCCGCCAUCCGACGAUUGGCUCGCCGUGGCGGCGUAAAGCGUAUCUCUGGCUUGAUCUAUGAAGAGACCCGUGGUGUUCUGAAGGUCUUCCUGGAAAACGUCAUCCGUGAUGCUGUUACCUACACUGAACACGCCAAGAGGAAGACUGUCACCGCUAUGGAUGUGGUCUAUGCUCUGAAGCGUCAAGGUCGCACCCUCUACGGGUUCGGCGGUUAAGCUGUCACUCAGCAGUGUUAAAGCCAAAGAAAUACCACCAACCGGCCCUUUUCAGGGCCACCAAUACUGUCAUGAAAGAUAUAACAAAGAAUUAGCUCAAUCCAUGGUUUUCCUGAAUCUUAUACUCACUAAAUCAUUAGUAAUGUGGCAGGUCUUGAUUGUGUCAAUAUAUGUUCUCAACGACUACAAUUGGUGUCUCUGAAUGGACGCGCUGAAGCUUGGCUCUUGGUGUCACUCACUUCAUUCACUUAUAUUCUUAGUAACAACGACGUCGUCGUGUUCCGACUUAAAACCUUAACCGAAUGAGACAUGCACGAUGUUUUAUACCCAUGAAUUUAACUCGUGCCGGUCCAUCACAAGACGUUUGACCAAUCAUUGAUUUCACCCUUGAACAGAGAUAUGAUAUCAGAACAUUUGAAAUCCAUUCCCAGAGAUAAAGAGUAAACCAAUGAAAUAUGCGGGCUCCAUGAGGCAGGGAUGGUAACUCGAAUGCAUAAUUCGAACCACAACCAUCUCAAUUGAAGUGAUUUCUUUUGAUUAGAGAUGCGAUCAAUUGUUCAUGAAUUGGGAGAGCUUUUAGGUUUCUCUUUUUUGAAAUACAAAAUUUGUGGGUGUGAACGUGUUCCAUUAUACAUGGUAUUUCCAAAUAUGUCUUAGCUAUUUAUUUUAUUGGAAAAGGUGUACUUUAAAAGGAUCCGAGGAUCACGGGUUUGACGAAAUCUUGGUAAUCCAGCAUUUAAUGUAAAAGUUGAAAUUUGGGAUCAAAUAUCCAACCAACCCCAACAUCUCAAAACGCCUGCAGUAGGGUAAGAUCUAAAUCUGGGCCUAUUAUUUCUUUCGAUGUCUUUUGAUACG